AUUAACAAAAUGUGCGCGAAAUUCGUUUGUGUUGUGCUUGUGGCAAGCUUUGUGUGCGGCGCCUUUGCGCUGCCCUCGCAGGAUAGCAGCGAAAAGGAUUUAGUCAACAUGCUGAACAAACUGGAUAACGAGGACUCCGUCUCGCUGUUCGGUGGACUGCGCAUUGAUCGCGUCGAGACCGGUCGCAGCUUUGGGGCCGCCAAGGCCGUUGAGUCGUUUGAGGAUCGUGCCGAGCGCUAUCUGGAAACCCACGAGCUCAAUCUCUCGUUCUCCGGCGAGGAGCAAGAUGAGAACGCCGAGAAUGCCUACACCGGACGUGCCAUGGAGGAACCACGCAGCAAGCGCAUGAAGAAGAUGCUGUUGCCACUGCUGUUGGCUUUGAAGCUUAAGAAGGCUGUUGUCAUCAAGGUUAUGUUCACCAUCAUCAAGUUCAUCUCGCUCAAGGCUCUGGCCAUCUCCUUCCUCGCUCUCAUUCUGGCUGGUGCCACCUUCUUCAAGGAUCUGUUGGCCAAGAAGAAGGAUCACAUUACCACUGCCUACAUCACUGGCAGCCCAUUGAACGCCGAGAUUGUGCACUCCGACUGGAACCGCAACGGUCAGGCUAGCGCCGCCGAUCUGGCCUACAACCAUUACGGUCUGGCUCAGCCCUUCUAAGCUGCCAUAAAAAGCUUUUUUCUGCUCUCCGCUCGCUAUGCUUUCUUCCUUUCUCCCAUUGCACUUUCCUCUC